UUGAAUGUAGCGCGUUAGAGACUUCCUGAGUGCCCAGAGUGGCGUUUGGGUUACGAACAAGGCAUCUUCUCUUUUUCUUCUUUGUGGUUCUCUUGCUUUGGUUCUUAUCUGAUGCAUGUUCCUCUGUACAGUACGUGGUAAUUCCGUCGGACACUGUGAGAAGCUCCAACAAAGUGAAUCGUGCAAGGGCUCUUCAAGCCAGCCUAAAGAAUCUGAAAAUCGUAGGAGUGGAUGGCGUCCUCUUGCACAUAUGGCGGGGAAAUGUGGAGGAGAAGGACCUCAAAAGUAUGACUGGUCUGGGUAUCUCGCUGUUGUGAAGAUGGUAAAUGCUGCGGGUCUCAAACUUCAGGCAUCUUUGUGUUUCCACGGGUCAAGCAUCUUAAUUAUAUCAAGCUUGGUGCUGAAGGUGAAAACUCAAAAGUGUUGACUGAAGAAGUCUUAGCUAGACAAAGGGAAAAUGUUAUAUCCUCUAAAGAAUGAAAUGUUCAUCAAGUAUAAAACAAUCACCAAUACGAUGAGAAAGAGCUCCCGAACUGUUUGGAAUAGCAGGAAAAGAGGUAAUGAACAGAAGGUGUGACGUAGUGACCAUUGCGU